CCAGCAUUCUUAUCGAAAAGUCAUACGAGUGCUUUGGCGGAGAAAAGAUCCCACCUUCAAAGAUGAAGAACUUCCUGAGCAUCGCCGUUUUGGCCACCGUGGUCUGCCUGGCUGUCGCUGGGCCAGCGGCAAAGAAGGAUGCACCAGCCGCAGCCGACGCUGGCAAGGAAGAGAAGAUCGAGGGACGAGGCGGUUUCUUCGGCGGUCCUGUUGGUUACGGUGGUGGCUUCGGAGGACAGGGCCUUCUAGGCGGCGCUGCCUACGGCCACAACGCGGGCGGCUACCAAGGAGGAUUUGCCGGUGGCGCCCAGGGCUUCAACCAGGGCUCGGGUGGCUUUGCCGGUGGUGACUCAUUCAGGAACGUGCAGGGCUACAACAACCAGAUGGGCUACAGCUCGAACAUGGGCUUCUCCAAGACCGACUCGAACCGCUACGGAACCGGUUUCGGCCAGCACUCAGGUGGCUUCGCCGGCGGCGCCGCGGGACACCAGGCUGGUUUUGGACAGUCUGGCUUCGGACAGACUGGCUUUGGACAAGUCGGUGGAAUUGGCCAUUAUUAGAGCAGACGCAAGAAUUAGUCGCAGGGAUCACGUCUAAACCCGUGUUCAAGCUGCAAAAGAACAUUUCUGUACAAAUAUUGUUAAUAAAUUAUUGUUGUUCUGUUUACAA